AUGGAUGGAAGUGUUCCUGAUAGUGGAGGCCUAUCCUGGUAUUACCUCGACAGCGUCCAGAAGGAAUUCGGACCAUUCGCACAAGCGACGAUGCGUGAUUGGUUUACGCAGGGCUUCUUCCCAAAUGGUGAGGAGCUUCUGAUCAGGCUGCCUCAUUGGGAACGCCACGUCGCUUUGAAGAUGGUGUGGCCCGAUGUUUCUGAGGCUUUCCAGGGAAUGCCACGAUCAUCUCCGCCGGGGCCUCCUACACAGGUUGGAGAAGUUGAAGGCUUCGACCCGUAUGGGGACCUUCAAUCGAUUGGCACGAGGAGGCCUUCCGAAGAGUCUCCGUAUCUUGCGGCCGACAUGUCGCAGAUGGGAGGGUGCAGUUUCUGGGGAGCGAACGGCGUCGACGGUGGUGCUGUGGGGAAUGGAGUGAUGGGAAUACCGGGGGAGCUACUAGACGGAGUGCCGAUGAGUGGUGGCAUGCGGCCCAUAAACUCAGCCCUCGGCAUGUCCGGUGGAAUGCAGACCGGUGGCAUGCCGGGCAACGUUGUGGCAAUGUCGACAAUGCCUCGUAUGGUGCAAGGUGCGCCUGGUACCUCCACAGAAGCUGUCAUGGCACAGGGCUGUGCCGUUGAUGGGCAAGGCCAGUUUGCAUACCCUGGCUUCGGACAAGGGAUGAUCCUGCAGCCCAUGCAGACGUUUCCUGGUGCACAGUUGCACCUGGUACCGGUAGCUUCAGCUGCUGCCGGGAACAAUACGCGCUUCCGUGGCAGAAUAAAGUCGUUCAAUGCGAAGCAAGGAUUCGGCUUCAUAGAAAACUCAGAGGCAUUCGCAAUCUUCGGCAGGGACGUCUUCCUCCACAAGGCACAGAUCGGCAACCUUAAGGUUGGGACUGAGGCCGAUCCGGAUCCGGAUGCCAACGGAAGCGACUUGCUUGAUCCAAGUCUCGUGCAGGUGACCUACACAGUUGAGAUGAACAAGUUUGGUAUGCCUCAGGCACGCGAUCUGGCCACUCUGGAUGGGAAACCUCCUGGCCCUCCGCCUGCCAGCGUUGCCAAGGGUGGAGCAAAGCCAAGACCAUCUGCCAAGAAGAAGCCGAAGGACGAAGAUGGUGCCAAUCCAAGGAAACCAGCGCCCAAGGCCGGUUCAACGGAAAUGGCGGGCCUUACAGGUCACCUCCCCGGGCGGGGUGGGAGCUGCAGUCAGUUUGAGCGACCUCGCAGCAUCAAGGUCGUGGGGCCAGCAGCCCAGAUAACCCAGAUCCGGAAGCCGAAGUGUCGGAGAGCUCUGUCUCCCAGGGCAGUGAAGCGACCUCUGCUCCCCUCGCUGCUAACGCUGCUGCAGGCUCCGUGCUGUGGCCCCCAGCUGACAUGA